UGAUGCCACAAGUUGCUUUUGUUAACUUCAGUUUAGCGAUCAUGUUAAGAGACGGUUUGGAUCUUAUGUUCAGGUAAUCAGAAACGUGGGAUCAUGCUAAUGCAUGUGAUUUGGACAUUAAAGUUGUCUUACUUCACUUUGUUACAUUUCAUCAUACACAAAGGUACUAGUAUUGAACUGUGUUGGAAUGUCAGAGUACAGCCACCAGCAGUCAUAUUGGGCAUGAGCAGUUCCAUUACAGGCUCCUGCAUAAUUGAAAGACAGGAGUACUGUCUCAAUCGCAUGUCUAAUGCUAGUGAGAUUAUAUGGAAACUUGAUGGUGAAGAAAUUGCAAAGAAUCAGUAUAAUAGUUUGAAUGGGACCUCAUAUGUGACUAUCCCUAACUUUAACAAGACUCGGGGAGUAUUGGCCUGCUAUGUGGUCCUACAUGGAUCUCAACAACUAGUUGGUCAAGCUUCAAUCCAAGCUGGAUAUCCACCUUCAAAGCCCACUGAUUUAGUUUGCAUAACAAAUGUCUCAUCAUUGAUAACAAUGACUUGCAAAUGGACUCCAGGAAAUAACACUUACCUUCCUACUACCUACAAACUACAGAGGGCCAGGUUAGUGAGCUUACUGGGAACUCUUGAAAGUCUAAACGACUGCAUAGCAGAAGCUGAGAAGAACUACUGUACACUCAAGCGUGAGUUUCUCAUUCUGUACCAGUCUGUCUACACAUGGGUGUCUGCAACAAAUGCUUUGGGGUCUGUGCAAUCUGAUAGAAAACAGUUGGAUCCAAUGGAUGUAGUCAAACUAGAUGCCCCUAUAAUAAGUGAAGCAAAUUCAUCACAAGCAGGCUGCAUACAAGUAAAACAGCAGGAGCGGGUGUCCUGGCUUAAACAGAGGUGUGAACUACGCUACAAGUUAACAGGAAGACAGGAAUGGCAUUUGGCCGAAUCCAGUACUGCUGAGACAUUCCCAGCAAUUGAGUUGUGUGGUCUGCACAGUGGAAUGAAGUAUCUUGUCCAGACCCGGUGCAUAAAAAAGUCAGGAUUGGGAUACUGGAGCGAAUGGAGCACUGAGAAGAAUGUUACAGUCCUUGAAAAAGCUCCAACAGGAAAAUUAAACACUUUUUGGAAAGAAACUGUCAACAAGCUAAAAGAAGAGAAGGAAAUAUGGCUGCUGUGGAAGCCAAUGGAAAUCUUAGAAGCAAAUGGUGAGAUACAGAAGUACCUUGUCUACAUACCUAAGAAAAAUGAUGAAGACACAGAGACUGUGCUGUGUAGCACAGCAAACACAAACUGCACUUUUUUUGUGCAUGUUAGUGUGCAAAGAGUAUAUAUCAAAGCAAUUAAUUCAGCAGGAGAGUCACCAGCAACAGAAGUACUUCUCUGUAAGAUAUCAGGUCGUCCUCUGCGUAACAUUCAGGUUUCGCCUAAAGAUGACUACACUCUUUUGCUUACUUGGCAAGUGCCAAGGUUUCCAGUGACUUACUACAUUAUUGAGUGGUUUAUGCUGCCCAACAAAAUGCCACGCGAGAUUACUUGGCAACUAGCCAUGUACAAUGACACACAAGCAUUGCUGCAAGAAAAUAUCAAACCUCUUACGAGAUAUAAUAUAUCACUUUACCCUCUCUACAAAGAUGGACUUGGGGAUCCUGUAUCAACUAAAGUAUAUUCCCGACAAGGUGCUCCAUCCAAAGCCCCAGAGCUUAAAGCUAAAAAUAUGAAGAAGUCACAAGUGGAACUAAUAUGGGACAAUAUACCUGAAGAUGAAUGUAAUGGCUUCCUCAAGAGCUACACUGUCAUUUGGAAUGAUAUGAAAGGCAACUCCAUAAGUGCAGUCAUUGAUGCCUCAGAAAAUUCAUAUGUUGUCAAGAAUCUUGAUGCUUACAGCCAGUACUACAUAUUAAUAACAGCGACAACAGAUGCUGGGAGUAUCAAUGGCACUGUCCUGACUAUAAACACUCCAUAUUUUGGUGAUGGAGAUCUUAUAUCACUUGUGUUGCCCUGCUGCUUGAUUCUCUUUCUAGUCUCAGUUGUGAUAACACUAAUGUGCUACAACUGUAACACGGUAAAGACACAUUUCUGGCCCACUGUUCCUGAUCCAUCAAACAGCAGUCUCAGAAAAUGGAUGCCCAGUCAGUUUCAUGAGGAGAAAAAACAAAUGUCCGAAGUAUUAGAUCCUAGUAUUGCUUUGCUUGAAAGUAAUAAUGAUACCAAGUUAUCACAUGCUGAAGUAAUGGAAAAAAGUGAAGAUCACUCACCAAAGCAUUGUGCAAGCUCAAAACAUUCAUUUCCAGAAUCUUUACCCUAUGGAACCAGUUCUAUUACAAAAAAGCCAAGGUCCUAUGUGAAUACCGAUAGGACAGUUGAGUAUGCUACUGUGACUGUGGACAGUUACAGAGUACAGACACCGCCACCACCUCCUUAUUCAAGGUCCAACUCAUUGCAGCCUCUUCUGAAUGACUUGCCCCCAAGUCCUAAGCCAUAUGAAAAUAUGUGGUUUCAAAUUUUUUCAGAUCAAGAUACCUGCUUUCAGAAGGCCCAUAAGACUGUGAGGGCGAAUGACGAGUCAGCUUGGAAGACUUUCCCACUUCUUUGGGAGCUGCAGAUUGAAGGGAAUGAUGACCAAGACAUUACACAUGGCAUUUCAGCUUAUCCAGGGACUCGUUUUUCAGAUAGUCAACCUGUGGCUCAAAACAUUUUUGUUUCUCACUCCAGCAACUGAGGACAGAAUACAUAUAACAGAAAGACUAUGACUUUAGACUGGUAUCUUGCUAAAACGUUUAAAAAAAAGGUAGAAAAAAAUAUUAUUUUAAAUCUGAGCAGCUGAUUAUUUUUUUCAUAUAGGCUGUCUUUACUGUAAUUUUCAGCAUGGAGCAAUAAUAGUAAGAAAAACUAUAUUUUUCAUAAGAGUGUCUUAUACUAUGGAUGUUCUCACGCACACUGAUGUGGUUGAUAUCAUAAUGCCAUUAACUGAAGAUUUUAAAUAUACUUCUAUACGUUUAUCCCCAAUAUAGUGUUGGAAUGUAUUUUAGUGUAUCUUAUAGAAAGAAAUGUAUCAGUAUGCUACCUUUAUGUGUUUUUUGCAUGUUUAUUUUAUAUUGCAUCUUGAAAUGUGAAUAAUAAAUGUGUUUCUUAAAGGUAUUACUCAGCUAAUUAGAUGCUUAAUGCAGCAUAAUAAGUCAUAUUAUUUCACAACAUGUAUGCUUUUUGGAGGCCAUGCCCCUUAUUUAUUCUUAUUACUUUCACUUCUAGUUAUUUUGCAGCAUUUCAAAGAACUGUUUAAAAUCAUUUCUACAAAGUGAAUCUAUUCUAUCAUUUCUUACAUCAGCCAUGAAAAGAAUUUCUGAACAGAAAUGUUAUGUCAUCCUAAAAUACCUUGCAUCACUAUAAAUCUUUCCUUCACACACGUCUCCAAUUAGUGUCUUUAUUUAGCAACAGGUAGAGCCUCUCUCCCCUCCAUUACCUGCAACUGUUACGGCAUUUUAGUGUGAUAUAUCAACAAGCUCAGCCAGUCAUGUUUUUUCUACUUAAAUCAUUAGCUGCCUAUCCAGAAUGUAUCCCCGUACAUCAUGCUAGAUGCUACACUCACUUUCACGGGGAGUUAAUAUUUACUGUCUCUAAUUUACUCCUGUCUCCAUCUUACAAUGAGAAAGGCAACUGAAACAGUCUUUUUCUUCUGAGUGUAAUAGAGGUCUGUUUUAAUGUAACUCACCUAUUUGGCUCCUCUGGGGAGUUCAUAAAAGCCCCUCUAUAUAGUAUCACAGAAGCAGUGCAGAGGACAUACAGUCCACAGUACUGAAAGCUGAGAACUUUAUGGAGGAAAUUGUACACCUAUUAACUACUAACCUGUAGUAACCUGUUCUUCAGCAAUUGGGCAUUUACAAGUAUACAAGGGCUUUGUGAUACACAAAGAUUGGGAAUGUAGAAGAUAAUAAACUGAACAUACAGUGGUAAAUCUAAUUGAAGUGAACCACAUAGACAUUUUACAUUUUAUAAACAGCCAAUACAUUAGAAUGUAGAACAGCUUACUGUAAAAGCUGAACACUUGUGGUAUGUUCAGCACAAGCCAACUCAGCACUAACCAGUUUUCAAAGGGCUAGAGUGUCCAGUAACAGCAAUUGACAGUAACAGUAUGACAUAACACUCAAUGGGAGACUAAGGGUCAUAGCAAUGGCAACUUUAGCUCAGUGUGUGCCAUCUCCGUCAUAAUUUCAUUGAUUAAAAUAUUAUGUCUUCUUUUUUUCUUCGAGAGAAAAAUUGCACAGGACACUAAGGAUAAUCACAAGGCUUUCUUUAGUUAUGU